CCGCCCCCCAAAGCCCGACCCCAACAACAACAACAACAAAACAACUAAAAAAACCCCAAAAGGGGGGAGGGGAACAAAAAGAGAAGGGGAGAAAUCAAAAAAAAAGCUGCAAAAACACCCUGAAACAAAACUCAAACCGAGCCGCUGCCUGCGGCAGGAGCACUCCCGAGGCGGGCCGGUGGUUCUGGGAGCCGGCGCGACUCGGAGGGGGUCGCCUGCCUGCGGCAGCGGCGGCGCGGCUCUCCGCGGAGCUGCGCGGAGGCCGAGCAGUGGAGGAGAGGGCGCCCGCCGGUUCGCCGCGUCCGCCGCCACCGAUGCGCUGCCCCGCCGGCGCGCCAUGACCCUGAGCUCGGAGAUGUCCGAGGCGUCGGCGCUGGCUGAGGAGACCGACAUCGAUGUGGUAGGCGAGGAGGACGAGGAGGAGGACGAGGAGGAACCGCAGCCCCACCACCGCCGCUCCUACGCCGAAGACGAGGAGGACGAGGACGAAGAGGAGGAGGAGGAUGCGGGCGACCUUCACGACGACGCCCCACUGCCGCGGUCGCCCGUGCUCGGCGGCGGCGCGGCGGGCGACGGUAACGGUGCCGCCGGCUCUAGGCCUCCCUCGCGGGGCGGUCCGCAGAAACCGGCGGCGGGCAGCGUAGGAACGGGCGGCGGCGGGGCUGUCGGCGGCAGCGGCAAAAACAGCCUAGUGAAGCCGCCCUACUCCUACAUCGCCCUCAUCACCAUGGCCAUCCUGCAGAGCCCCAAGAAGCGGUUGACGUUGAGCGAGAUUUGCGAGUUCAUCAGCGGGCGCUUCCCUUACUAUCGGGAGAAGUUCCCCGCCUGGCAAAAUAGCAUCCGUCACAACCUCUCACUCAACGACUGCUUCGUCAAGAUCCCCCGGGAGCCCGGUAACCCGGGCAAGGGCAACUACUGGACGCUGGACCCCGAGUCAGCCGACAUGUUCGACAACGGCAGCUUCCUGCGCCGCCGAAAGCGCUUCAAGCGUCAGCAGCUCCCGGCACCCGAGCUGCUGCUGCGCGCCGUGGACCCUGCCGCCUUCCUCCCGCAGCCCCCGCCCCAGCCCCCGCAGCAGCCGACCUGCGCCUACGGACCCUACGGCUGCGGCUACGGCCUCCAGCUGCAGCCGUACCACCCCCACUCCUCCCUCUUCGCCUUCCACCACCCCUCCCCGCCGCCCCGUCAGCCCCCCGCCACCCCUGGCAGUGCCCCCGGCGCGGCGUUGCCCCCCGCCGCCGCUACCGCGGCGCCUCCGGGCCCCUUGCUGCCGGCGGCGGAGCUGGCACGGACGCCCUUCGGCUACGCGCACCCGCUGGGCCCGGCACUGGCGGCCUCCCUGCACGCCGCCAAGCCCGGCAGCGGCGCGGCACUGGUCCGCUCCCCUUUCUCCAUCGAGAGCAUCAUCGGGGGGGGUCCCGGCUCUGGUGCUGGCAGCAGCUGCGCCUCGCAGUCGGCCGCGGCGCCGGGGCUGGCUCGCUCGUUGGGGAGCGCCGGGGGAGGCCUGCCCCCCGCCGCCGCCCUGCCUGCCACCCCUGGCUUCGCUGCCCGCAUCUCUAACUGUUAAGGGUUUGGGAGUCUUUCCGAAGGUAGGAUUUGGGGUUAUCUCCUUUCUCCGCCGCUCGGACAUCCGGCGGACGCCGCUCGGAGCGGCCGCGGUUUUGCGUGGGGAUUGCGCGGUGGGGCUCGGUGGGCAUCCGCUGUAUUUUGAGCAAAGCCAGGUCUAGCACGGGCAGGCGAUCAUACUAUGGAAAGUUACCCAUUACUCCUUAAACAGAAGAAAAAAAAUGAAGAAGAAAAGGUGAUAAAUACUGUCUCUAAACCGUUAAAGUUCAGAGAUUCUCAGGUCUAGAAGCUUGAAAACAGUAAUGUACAGGAAAAAAAUAGGCUUGAGGGAGGACAGCAAAGCAAUAAUUUUUCAUUUUAGUACACUUGUCUCAUGUACUUUUAUAAAAAAAAAAGUUAACAUGUUUACAAGGAAAAAAGUCAAGAUUAUCAUUUCUUAUUUUAACCUGUGUUUUGUAUUAUAAUAGACUUACGGAGUUUUUUUAUUUUGUACUUUAUGCAUAUUCUUUGCAAGGAAUAUUGUUAAAAAUUACUGGCAACUAUUGUAUCAUUUUAAUGUAAAAUUUUUACACAUUUUCGAAAAUAAAAAAAAAUUAAUUUUCAAUUAAAAAAGAAAAAGAGCAAAAUCAAAGACCAAAGGAAUCCAGCCAAACAAUUGGCUUCGGAACUUUUCCUCCUUAAUACUUCUCCCUUCGAUGGGAUGUUGAUAUUCUUUUUUUUCUUCAUGAUUAGUAGCACAAUAGCUAACAAAUUUACAUCUUGGAAUUUAUUAUGUGUGGAUUUGACCAUGAAGACGAUCAAAAUAUGAUCUUCGCAGUCAAACUACCGUUAACCCUAUCAGAGAAUGAAAGACACCCCCACAAAAAAAAAAAAACAAAAAAACAAGAAAACAAAACCCAACAACCAACAAUCACAGACAAACAAAUAAAGUCCCCCAAACCGACUAAACAGCCCAAACUAAAAACAAACUGUGAGAGGAAGGACAAAGGAGGGGAAACAUAGAAAUAGUAUUUCUUGCAGAAGUACAGCCCAGUUCUGUAAGGCAUCAA